AAACAAGCGCCUACGCACUCUGACCUGAACUCCAACCUCCUCGACGCAUCCUCGCCAUGGCUUCGCACGACAACGACCCCUUCUACCUUAGAUACUACACCGGCCACUCUGGAAAACACGGACACGAGUUCCUCGAAUUCGAGUACUCGCAUGGUCGUCUCCGAUACGCGAACAACUCCAACUACCGGAACGAUAGCUUGAUUCGCAAGGAAAUGUGGGUUGGGCCGCUGGUGGUGAAGGAGUUGAAACGCAUCGUGGAAUCGAGCGAAAUCACAAAAGAAGACGACACGAACUGGCCCAAGAAAAACAUCGUUGGCAAGCAAGAGCUCGAGAUUCGGGUAGGCAACGAUCACAUCGCAUUCGAGACGGCCAAGCUAGGGUCCUUGGUUGACAUCCAAGACAGUGAGGACCCUGAGGGGCUGCGAGUCUUUUAUUACCUUGUCCAGGAUCUGAAGUGUCUCAUUUUCUCGCUCAUUUCCCUGCACUUCAAAAUCAAGCCCAUCUAGGCGCGAUAUAUUUACCGCCCGGAUGUGGCCUGUCUCAUCGGUCUGGUGUAUGUAGUAGUAUGUGGCUAAAUCUUAUCUUGCUGCUCGCGUGUUAUGUCUCU